AUGUUGAAAAUAUUUUCUCUGCACAUUUCAGCUUAUAAUUUAUAUUGAUAAACUUAUUUUAUUUCUGGCAGCCUGGUCACAGAGGGUCAGUCCUCGUUGCGUGGCCAGCGCGAGCACCCGACACCCCUCGAAGCGGCGCGUGGCGCACAGCCCUCUGCGCCAUGGAGUUCUCCGCGCCGCUGCGCUGUGGCCUCACGGCAGUCUCGCCGGACGGCGCCUACAUGGCCGUGACUCUGGGCGUGCGUGUGGCAGUGUUCAGUGUACCGGCCCAGCAGGAGGUGGCCGCCUUCACCUGCCUGGACGACCCCCAGCUGGUGGAGUGGUCGCCCGACAGCAGCCUCCUGCUGACCGCCGUGCUGCCGCGGCGCGCCGUCCAGCUCUGGAGCAUCGAACAGCCCGAGUGGCGAGCACGUAUCGAUGAGACGGAGGUGGGCCUGGUGUCAGCGCGGUGGGCGCCCGGCUCGCGGCACGUGCUAACUACUGCGGCGCUCAGUCUGCGGGUCACGGUCUGGUCACUGGUCGACCGACAGGUCAGCUACAUCAAGUACAUGAAGGAUAUCUCGGACGGGUUGACGUUCAGCCCGGACGGCAGGUGUAUGGCGGUGGUGGAGAGGCGAGGCUGCGUGGACCACGUCAGUCUGUUUGCUACCUCCGGCUGGGAGCUGAUCAAACACAUUGACUCGGUGGGCCAGGACGUGGCGGGACUCUCGUGGAGUCCGGACUCUGAGCUGUUCGCUCUCUGGGAUGGUCUACUCCAGUCCCGUGUCGCGGUGUAUGACCUCACCGGACGGCGCCUGGCUGAGGUGAAGCUUCCAGGGUCACCGCUAGGCAUCAGCACCGUGCACUGGAGCCCCAGUGGUCAACUGUUGGCUGCCACCGGGUUCGACGACAAGGUGCACGUGAUCAGUGACGCUACAUGGCAUCGACUCACCAGCCUGGUGCACGGUAGCACGGUGCGUGCUGGAGAUACAGUGCACGUAUACCGGGAGCGGCACACACGACUGGAAGGGUUCCGACUAGAUCUGGCUUUAGCCUCCGGCUCUGACGGUAUCACGGACGUCUCCUACGAGCUGGACUCGCGCCGGCCGGUCGUUCUCCGCCCGCCGGCCGUGCAGGCUCCGCGUGCCGCCACCGGCCACGCCGCCGUUAGUCGAGUACUGUUCUCACCCGACAACCGAUAUGUGGCCACACGAUGCGACGCCGUCCCGGAGUGUGUAUGGAUCUGGGCGACGGCCACCCUCUCACUACACACACUACUGGUGCAGCGAGCCGCGAUCAGAGACCUCAUCUGGUCACCGAGCGGCAGCCGGCUGGCGCUCUGCACCGGCGGACGGUACCUGUUCCUCUGGAGUCCGGAGCAGAGCAGCACCUGCCGCGCGCCGGCCGAUGUGGCUGUGACUCAGCUCCUCUGGCCGGACGAGUGUACGCUGCUGCUGCAGGCGAGGGAUUCGCUGCUCUUCUGUCGACUGGAUGUGACGACGGAGAGCCAGCUGGAGCCACCCGAUUCGUUUCAGGAGUCUCAAUGGGAGCGAGUGGCGGAACAGGCGUGAAAGGGUCGCUGCUGUGCCACCCAGCAGGCUGGAUCGUUUAACGCGAGAAAGUGAGAAAAGUUACAGACAUUCCCAGCUGUUGAACUGUGCCUGAUCUGCCAACUGAAUGUGAUACAGAGUGAUACUGGAAGCCCGAGCGAUGCACAGUGAAAGUGAUGACCGGCGGCUGUCAAGCGAAGCUGCGAAAUUGUCGAAUCGAAAAUGCUUUGUGUGUACUUACCUCGAUAUGAUCUCUGGUCUUUCACUGUCUCUGUCGUACCUGCUCAAGCCGCUGAAGUGCUUCCGUAAUGCCACUUGUGCGUCUGUGCCUACUUUAUAAAACAUGAGUUAUUGAUUCCUCAGUUCAACGCUUGUCGAGUAUGGUAUCUGAUCUUGGCAAUCGUUGGUGUUAGCGUUCUUGGAUUUGUUGCGGCCUGUUACCAGGAAUUGGAGCUAUUUCGCUGUACAAAAACAAAGGUGUGAGACCGUAUGCUGUGUGUCGUUGAACUGAUUCAAUGGCAAUCCAUGACAGUGAUGUCACGGUGCGUGGGUCGACAUUGUGGGUCAAUGAUCUUCUCGGCAUUGUUCGAAGUAUUCUUAAGUGAGGUUUUGAGAAAUAAAUGUUGAAGGAAUAAA